AUGGUCAGACUGUCACAUGACAUUAUUGAUUUAAUAGAUCAGCUCUUAGUCGCGAUCUUGGAACUGUUCGAUGGAGUGGCGAGACAUAUCGUCCAUCAGCUGCAAUGCUGCCUUCUUGGAGGCACAGGCUUGGAACUGUUUGAUGGAGUGGUGAGAGCAAUCGUCCAUCAGCUGCGAUGCUGCCUUCUUGGAGGCACAGACUUGGAACUGUUUGAUGGAGUGGCGAGAGCAAUCGUCCAUCAGCUGCGAUGCUGCCUUCUUGGAUGCACAGGCUUGGAACUGUUCGAUGGAGUGGCGAGAGCAAUUGUCCAUCAGCUGCGAUGCUGCCUUCUUGGAGGCACAGGCUUGGAACUGUUCGAUGGAGUGGCGAGAGCAAUCGUCCAUCAGCUGCGAUGCUGCCUUCUUGGAGGCACAGGCUUGGAACUGUUUGAUGGAGUGGUGAGAGCAAUCGUCCAUCAGCUGCGAUGCUGCCUUCUUGGAGGCACAGGCUUGGAACUGUUUGAUGGAGUGGUGAGAGCAAUCGUCCAUCAGCUGCGAUGCUGCCUUCUUGGAGGCACAGGCUUGGAACUGUUUGAUGGAGUGGCGAGAGCAAUCGUCCAUCAGCUGCGAUGCUGCCUUCUUGGAGGCACAGGCUUGGAACUGUUUGAUGGAGUGGCGAGAGCAAUCGUCCAUCAGCUGCGAUGCUGCCUUCUUGGAGGCACAGGCUUGGAACUCUUUGAUGGAGUGGCGAGAGCAAUCGUCCAUCAGCUGCGAUGCUUCCUUCUUGGAGGCACAGAUAUGGGUGGAGUCUGAUCAACAGGAUCAAACCAGGCAUCAUCGAGGGUGAAGAGACUCUCCACACCGAUUGCUGGACUGGACAAUGUUAUAGUCUUCCUCAGACGAAAAGACGCACAGCUCUUUCGCUCAGGAGACCUCCAAGACACAUCCACUAGAGUCAAUGUCAAGUGCUGAUCACCAUAUACUGGCUAGGUAGGAAGGCACAAUGCGAGCCCUUCUAUAAUGGACCUAACUUAAAACUCAAGGCCUUCGAAGGA